UGCGUAUGUAAGCGCGUGCCACCAAACUUCCGUCGGCGUCUUUUUGACACGAAUUGAAGGUAUUCGUAUUUAACAGGGGAAUAACAAUGACAGGUGAAGUAGAUAGAAAUGUUCGGUUUUAUGGGUGUGGAUGUUUCACUACUGACAACAUUUUCCUGGAGGAUUACAGUCUGCACGUCCGCUUUGUGACGGAGCAACAAUUCAGACGAGACUACAGAGCUAUACUUUUAAAACUCGGUUGUGACUCUGACGAAAAAUUUAAGGACGUCCUUAAUAAGAUUUCCCAGGAAGUUGACAGACGAAUACAUUUAGAUGAAGCAUCUGCUGAGAGAACUGCUGCAAUAAAACGCACAUACCGGCCCCUUCAUCCUCAUGUCUACCAUCUGGAGGAGUCUUACCUCACUCCAGAGUUCAAGACGAUUGUUGAAUACUGUCGAAAUAUCGACGCCAGUAAAGACGGGCUCUUGAAGUUUUUGGAGGAAGAGGCAGAUUCUCCUGAAUGAGCUUGGCUUUGAUGAGACCUUCAUCACGCCUCUCCGAGAGCAGUAUUUGCUUCCACUCACCUCUUUGCUUUACCCAGACUGUGGGGGGCGUUGUCUGGACAGCCACAAGGCCUUUGUGGUCAAAUAUGACAUGAAUGAAGACUUGGACCUGAGCUAUCAUUAUGACAAUGCAGAGGUCACACUUAAUGUCUCCAUUGGUAAAGACUUCACUGAGGGCAACCUUUAUUUUGGCGAUAUGAGACAGGUUCCUGUUAGUGAGACCAAGAUUACAGAGGCUGAACACAGGAUCACUGAAGGCCUCCUCCACCGGGGGCAGCACAUGCACGGGGCGUUGCCCAUCUCUCAUGGCCAGCGCUGGAACCUCAUCAUCUGGAUGAGAGCCUCACAGGAGCGCAACAAGCUGUGCCCCAUGUGCAACAGCAAGCCCUCACUGGUGGAGGGACGGGGCUUUGCUGAUGGCUUCACCAAAGCAAACUCAUAGUUUAUGUUCCAGCGAGCUGGGGAACUUGUAGCCUUCAUCUUUUGCACAAUUGCAUCAUUUUCCAUUAAAAAAAUUGGGACAUUUUUGUUUAUUAUGAAGUUCAAUUGCAGGUGUUUGACAUUCAGUUAAUUUUCCUAUUCUCCAGUGAUCAAUGCACCACCACCUCAGUCCCAGAACCUCGAUCACGAGGUUCCGGCAGCAGACAGAAAAAAAUAAAUACAUACACCGUUCAGAAACUUAAGCACAAAAAAUGUUCCUUUGUGUUGAAAAAAAUACCCAAAUGAAUGAGGAUUUAUGUAAAGACUAAAUAUGACCAAUCUUUUUGCCCUGAAAGAUAAUCGGAGUCUGGAUUGAGUGUUAAAAAAUUGCAUUGUGAGGAAAAAAAAAUCCUGUUAUUUCCUUUAUGGAAUAUUUAAAAUCAGAAGCAACUUCUACACAUCAACUGUGUUUAAUUUAAUCUUCAUCAACUGUAAACAGAACAAAAAUAAAAAAA